AUGUUUGAGUAUGAGUAUUACCAAGAGGGGGACGUCAUUGUCGGAGGAUUCAUCUCCGCUCACUCUAGAGCUGAAUUAUAUGAUGAUAGUUCAGUAUCUUAUUUCUGUCAUGACCCUGACAUCGGAGAGUAUAAAAGUAUCCUGGCAAUGAUCUUUGCUGUUGAUGAAAUUAACAAGGACCCCGAUCUUCUACCCAACGUUACUCUGGGUUAUCAUAUAUUUGAUACUUGUGGAUAUCCAGAGAGAACCUUGGGAUCUGUCCUGCAGAUAUUGUCUGGAGAAAAGAUGGAGGCUCCUAAUUAUUCCUGUAGGAGAGACGGGGAAGUGGCCGGAUUUAUUGGUGACUCCGGUUUGCAUACCAGUCAAGCCAUGGCCCAGUUACUUAGUCUGUAUCGGUACACACAGAUUAAUUAUCAAGUCACUGACCCUCUCCUGAGUGACAGAAAAUUGUAUCCAACUUUAUACAGGAUGACAUCAAACAAUCUGGAUUUUUAUGCCGCCAUCAUAAAAAGUUUGCAACAUUUCGGCUGGAACUGGGUUGGGUUGGUGGCACCGGGGGAUGGCAGCGGUGAUAAGGAGAUAGAAGAACUGAGUAAGAUGAUGAGCCGCCAUGGCAUCUGCAUUGAAUAUACGAUCAAAUUCACUGAUUACCAGGGUGGUAGGACAAAGAAAAUGGAAAUGAUUGAGAAAUCAACAGCUAAGCUGCACCACUUUGUGAGAAACAUUCAUUACACCGACCCAACCGGAGAAGAAAUCUUCUUUAACAACGACGGGGAGAUCCAAUCCAGGCUGAUUUUAGCCAACUGGAUCCUUCAUAAAAACGGAGAAGGUUACGAAUCUGCUUUCCAACCGCUGGCCAGCUUUGAUGGCGGUAAAGCCAUAGAUGGAAUAUUCAACAUCAACCCAGAAGACGUGGCCUGGAAGGGAGGCACAAUGCCGAUGUCCCGAUGUAAUGACCGAUGUCCUCCUGGAUACAGAAAAGCUCACAAGGGGAGUGUCCAUGUCUGCUGCUAUGACUGCGUCCCAUGUUCCGAGGGGGCGGUGUCCAAUGUAACAGAUAGUGACGGCUGUUUUCAAUGUCCUGAUGAAGAGUGGCCUGACGACAAAAAAAUUAAAUGUAUUUCCAAAACAUAUGAAUUUCUGUCCUAUGAAAAUGAUGUGAUGGCUCUGAUAUUUUCAUUGAUAUCCUUAACAUUCUCCGCCAUGACAUUAUUUGUAUUUGGAAACUUUAUUUAUCACCGGGACACUCCAGUUGUGAAGGCCAAUAACCGGACGGUGAGCUUCAUCCUCCUGACCGCCAUCUUGCUGAGCUUCCUCUGCGUCUUCUUCUUCCUCGGACGUCCUGUCGAUAUAACCUGCAUGCUGAGACAAGUGUCAUUCGGUAUCGUCUUCUCCAUCGCUGUGUCUUGUGUUCUGGCCAAGACCACCAUUGUCUGCAUUGCCUUCAAAGCCACCAAACCCGGCAGUUCCUGGAAAAAAUGGGUCACAGUCAAAGCAUCAAAUUCGUUGGUCCUGAUCUGUUCUUCUGUCCAAGUUGUGAUCUGUGUUGUUUGGCUGUCAGUGUCUCCUCCCUACCAAGAGUAUGACAUGGACUCCUAUCCUGGGAAGAUCCUCAUUCAGUGUAAUGAAGGGUCAGUUAUCGGCUUCUACUCUAUGUUGGGUUAUAUGGGGUUUCUGGCAGCUGUGAGUUUUCUUCUGGCUUUCAUGGUGAGGACAUUACCGGACAGUUUUAAUGAGGCCAAGUACAUCACCUUCAGCAUGCUGGUGUUCUGCAGUGUCUGGAUUGCCAUGAUCCCGGCCUAUCUGAGCACCAGAGGGAAAUACAUGGUGGCUGUGGAGAUAUUCGCCAUACUGACCUCCAGUGCUGGAAUAUUAGGAUGUAUAUUUUUCCCAAAAUGUUAUAUUAUAAUUUUGAACCCUGGACUGAACAACAGGAGAAAAAACACGCUGCAGAAAAUAAAUCUGAGAACAUAA